AGACCGUCCAAUUUUAUUGUGUGUACCUAGUCGAAAUUGAUAUGCCGCGCGAGCGUCGACGGCUCGCUCCAUAUGACGGACGCAGGUUCCACAAGGGACCAUUUGCUGCCUCGCGAAUUUCGGGCACUAAACCUUACAAAUGGCUAUCGCUUCUUUGAUGUUUUAUCGUAACGCGAAUAAGAUGUUUCUGCCAUAUUCGUUCACAUUUAUGGAGCCUAUGCAAACUAAAGUUGCGAAUAAAAUUCAUCAUUUGGUACAACUUUAUUGUGGUAUAUUGGUGGUAUAGUAGAGUUUUGGGUCAGUACGAAAUAAUAAGCUCUUCUAACUAUAUACAUAAUACUCUUUGAGUUACAUAUUAAUAGUCUGUUGCCGUCAUCCCGCCGCUUCCCGCCGUCUAUGUCUAUUAUACUCUUUGAUCGCCGUACAUAAGUCAAUUAUUGUUUGGACGUGUCAUUCAAAAUCAAACGUUUUUCAAUAUUCUUCUCCCAAAAACAAAGUGAUGACUGAUAAGAGCGAUUGUGAUUUAUCCGUGGUGAUAGGAGUGAUGGUGGUAUUCGCGUUACCACUAACACUGCUACUGCCGGGGUUCUCGGUGUGGGACGUGGUGCCGAAGGUGCGGAUAUCACGACUGCACAUCGUCAGCCAGGACCUCACCUGGCCGCAGCUGAACGCAGCCAUCGUCUUCCUAUUAACACUAUUCUUCUGCCUUUACCUAGAAAUCCAUAAAAGAAAGUUAGACGACAUGGUAGAAAAGGUGCUGUCGGUGAGCCAAGCGACGGACUCUACGAUGGAAGUGGAACGGGAGCGUCAGGCAGCCGCAGUCAGGGUUUGUGUGGACCUUCUGGAUGCUUCAGCAGAACAUUACGAGAACCUCGUACUCCUGAGAGAUGAGCUAAGGAAGCGAGAGAAACUCAAAAAGCAAUUUCCACCAACCAUCGAAUCGAGCUCCACCUUGUAAAUAUAAAGAUCUCCUAAGCCCCGAACAUUAUCAAACCUUUUGAACCCAAAAUUUCUAUAAGUAGCAUUGAACAACAUAACUGACAGACUGUUAAAUAAUGUUUCGUUUGUGUAUUUUUUAAAUGUUCUAAUUGAAAUUAUCAUUUACCUACUAUGACCAAUAAAUCGUUUAGAUAAGGUAUGAUAAGUAAUUUUUU